AAUUCAACUCUACAUACUCUACUAAGUAAUAGAUCUAGAUCUACAUCUAGAAGGACUAGAUCUACAUAUAGAUCUAGAUCAUAAUAGAUUAUAUAAUAUCUGGAAUCUAAACCUAGUUUAGCUUUAGGACUGAAAUCUGUUGUCAUUGUUGAACUCAUAAUGAUAGUCAGAUAAUCAUCUAAUUUUCCGUAUCACUAUCAACUAUCUGUGACAAUCUGACAAUCUGAAUCUGGUCUAUCACACUUAGACUUAAAGUCAUAAAGUACUUAGACACACUAUCAUCAUCAUGAUGAGAUGAUCAUGAUAUCAGAUACUGACUUUACUACAUACUUUACAUAGAGUCUAGUCAUCCCUUAAAUUUGAAUAAAUUAUAGGGCCUAUAUAGAUCUAGACCUAUAUAGACUCUAGAAUGAAAUGCAGCCAUUACUUCAAAAAAGAAGAUGAUUACGCCCUACGUAUGUUCCUAUGUAUCUCUAUUUAAUAUAAAACAGCUUCUCACUGCUAGAUUAGGGUUACUAGACACUUGCACAUUCAAAGUCAAAGGAGGACCAAAAAGAGGACAUAGCAAAGGAGGCAAAAAAACAACAACAAACAACAAGACAAAUUAUUGAAAGCUAAUUUUUUUAAUGGCCCAUACAGUAACCAUUAAUGGACAUUCCCAUGACCUAGAAUGUAAAACUGGAAUUUGUACUUCACAUCUCAAUAAAACUUUACCGAAAACUCUUUUUGGAACAUCUCUUGAAAAGAUUGAUUCUGAAAGCUUGAAAAAUAUAGAAGGAAGAUAUAUUAUAGAAGGCAGUGUUAGGAAUUCAGCAGAAAGAUAUCCCCUUCCUCAACGUUUAAAAGAUUUAAUUCCAGGUAGAGAGCAGUUAGAGUCAUCUAGGGAAGAAUUCAACAAACAAAAACAAAUUCUUGAUGAAGCAGAACAAAAAUUAAAAUCAAAGGCUGAAAAUGCUUUAAUAUUUAAAGUGGAUCCUGCCAAUAAUCACUUCCAUUUGAGUACACCAUACAAACCAUCUUGGCUUUCGCAAAAAGAUCUUGAGCAUUCCAAGGAAAUAAACAGUUUAGGUUUAAAUGUUAAAGAAAGUUACAACAGAGAUAAAUAUGGAACUAAACCUUUAAGGCAUGCAUACAGUUUGAUUGGUGAUCCACUUGCAGUAAAUAUGGAUUUCAAUUCAUCAAAAAACACAGACACACUCUCUCAGAAUCACAUCGUGUAUAGCAAGGGUCGCCAUCUACCUUAUGGGCUUAUGAAACAAACCAAACCUGAUAAUCUAAAAAGCAUUUUCCCCCUUCCACCCAAUAUAAGGCACAAAUUUGGCAGCAGAGACUGUGAUGUUUUACUCAGUGAUGAACAUCUUGUGCACUUGGCCCUAUUGAAGCAAUCCAAUCUGGCACCACAAAAAGUCUCCAGAAAAGAAAAUCAUCAACAUUUGCCUGUUGACUUGUCUGGAAACUAUGAGAGCCUUGGACAUCUUACUCGGUACAAUGUUUGUUCUGGCAUAUCAACUGACAAUAAAAUAAGCAAUACAAAGCAGGAUUUCAAUGAUCUUGUUCAUCUGAGACGAGUUCCCAACCCUGAUCAAUUUCGUUACCAGAGAGAUGAAUUAAGUGCGUGGGCAGAACACAAUGUUUUACGAGAAAGAAUGAAAAAAGCAUGGAAUGAGCAACAUCCAUUAGGAGGUCAUAAGUAGCAUUGUAUAUAAAUAUCAAAGUGCAGCGCUUCCAUUCUUGUAUUAACUCUAUCUCUCCAUAAUUAUUUUCCUCGUUCAGAAAGAAUUUUUUAUUUUUUCCAAUUUGUGUUUCAAUAGGCUUCUAGGGUUAAAUUUCAAUAAUGGUUUUCUUUUAAUCAGAAAAUGUUAUAAUUGGUAUAGAUAAAUGCAUGUCUUUUUUAUAUAACACAGAUUAAAGUUUACAAACUCAAAAAUUAAGUUAAUUUUAUUUUGUCAUAUCAACGAUGGUAUCGUCAAUCAGGAGAGAAAGAGUUAAAACACAGUGCUUCCGUUUUAAAGCUAUAAAAAUUGUCAUUUUAAUUUAUCUGAUUUAGUGUAUUGCACAUUAACUGGUUAUGUAUAUGUUUUUAUGAAUAACAGUUUUUGAAAUAUUUAUGUUAACAAAAUGUUUUUGUAGUGUGUUUUAUAUGUAAACUUGUAUUAAAAGUUUGUGAAAUAAAGCAAUAAUUUUUUGUUU